AUGUCGGUUGAUGUGCAGAAACACCGGGACGUGAUGGUUGGCGCGUGGAAGUCCGUAUGUGACAGGAAAUGUGCCACCAACUGGGCACUGUUCGGGUACGAGGGUCAGACGAAUGUGCUGAAGCUGCAGGAAACCGGCGAGGAUGGAAUUUCGGAACUGGCUGCAGAACUGAACUCGGGCAAAAUUCAGUACGCAUUCCUGAGGGUGGACAACAAUGAAACGGGCAUCGCCAAAUUCGUUUUCGUUAACUGGCAGGGCGAAGGUGCUCCAAUCGCCCGGAAGGGAACGUGUGCGAAACAUGUGCGCGAUGUUACGGCCCUACUACACGGUGCUCAUAUUACGGUGCACGCAACAAACGAGGACGACGUCGAGGAAGCGCGCAUACUGGAAAAGCUGCAGAAGGUGGUGGUGAACGAUUUCAAAGUGAAAGAUUACUCACAAGCGAUCGAUUCACCCAAACCGGUCGGUACGAAUUACAGUCGCGUUAAUCCUACGAAGGAGAUCAAUCCGGCCGAGCGGGAUGAGUUUUGGCGCAAAGAGGAAGAGGAGGAAAAACAUCGACUACAGGCGGAGUAUGAGCGGAAGCUCAAUGAAACAGUAUUGUUGGAGCAAGAACGACGUCGACGGGAGGAGCGUGAGUUUGAAAAGCGUGAAAGCGCCACGGGGGGUGCAAGCGCCGUGUCGGCUUCGCCUGUUUCCCCCGACCGUAGUUACGCUCGGCAAGCGUCCGACCAGAACAAAACUGAACGGGAGCGAGAAAUCAAGCAGGUGGUCGAAGCAAGCGGAAAGGUGAGCAGUGCAAAGGCUCGCUUCCUUAAUAGUACUGCCCAGCUAAGCCCAACGCACAUCCAAGCCGAGGUAGCGCAGGAGCUAACGGACCCUCCAUUCUCACCGACGGCAUCCUUUGAAGAGCGCAGUAUUAUCAACGAGCUAAAGGCGGAGCUAGAGAGCGAGCUCCAAAACGGUGCUGACACGCCACCAGGGCUAACAGCGGCAGGAACGGCGCUGGCGGCGGAGGAAGAAAGUUCGGUGGUGUCACCGGAGGUGCCCGAAGUGGCCGCCGGACAGUAUUUCGACCCGAACGCAACGAUCGAUCUGUCCGACGAGGACAACAUGAUCCGGGCGAGGGCAUUGUACGAUUAUCAGGCAGCGGACGAUUCGGAGAUCAGCUUCGAUCCGGACGAUAUCAUCACGCACAUCGAUCAGAUCGAUGAGGGCUGGUGGCAGGGGCUGGCACCGGACGGUACCUAUGGGCUGUUUCCCGCUAACUACGUGGAGCUCAUUUAAAGCAUUUAGACAGUUUAGCAAUU